GAAGUCCGCACCUGGAGCCCGCGUUCUCAGCCCCUGAGCUCCGGGGAACAAGAGCCCGGAAGAAAGUGCUGGAAGCGGGCAGAGGCCGAGAGCGCGGGUCGCCGCCGAGUUAACGAUUACCGGUGGGCGGGUCCUCUCGGCCCCUCCCCGCCCGCGGCCCGAGCGCCCGGCGCCGCCCCGCCAACCCCGCAGCUCGGCGGCCACCUGCUGCUCGACCGCGUCCGCACCUGCGCCGCGCCCGCCAUGGCCUGUUUCCUUGAAUCACAUUGCAGGCGUGGGGGUGAACUGGAUACCGUCCAUAACAGAAAAAGGAAGGCUGGCAAAGCACAUAGGCUAAGUGCUGAGGAGCGCGAGCAGUUGCUGCCAAACCUGAGGGCUGUGGGGUGGAACGAGCUGGAAGGCCGAGACGCCAUCUUCAAGCAGUUCCAUUUCAAAGAUUUCAACCGGGCUUUUGGCUUCAUGACGAGGGUGGCCCUGCAGGCUGAGAAACUGGACCACCAUCCUGAAUGGUUUAACGUGUACAACAAGGUCCACAUCACCCUGAGCACCCAUGAGUGUGCCGGCCUUUCGGAGCGGGACAUAAACCUGGCCAGCUUCAUCGAACAAGUAGCGGUGUCCAUGACCUAGGCCCUGCCCUUCCUCUGUGAAUUCUUCAGGGGAAGGGGGUGACUGAAUCGGGAAUCCGGGGAGGGAACCGGGGAGCCCUGUUACUGCAGCCGAACGGCCAAGUGGACCCUGCUGCCUCCGGCUAGGGGGAGUCCUUGCUAUGGAAGGAGACGCCCACAUCACCGCCGCCCUUCCUCCCCACACCCCUCUCCAGCCUUGGCGCUCUGUUACACGUACGCUGACUGAGUACGAUCUUCCCUUUCUGGAAGACUUGCCGGCAACAGUAACGGUCUUCUUGCCAGGCUGUGUCCUGCUCCCUUUCUAAUUCAUUUCCCAGGAAGCUGUGUCUAAGAUGCACCAAGUCUUGUCUUAGAAACCAGGACCCUGAAGUCAACCCCGUUGUAUGUGACAGAAGCACCUGUGCUUUUAUGCCUCAAAUAAAACUCGUGUUUCACUUGG